UUGGUUGGAAUGGAGGGGUUGAAGAAGACAUAGAUAACACAGGAAGCACUAUCGGGAGGACAGCAAGUAGCAAACACGAUAAGAGGCGUAGUGGAAUCAAUGGUGGCGCAUCACUUCGGAACCAACAAGUUGAGUCGUCCCUUAAUCGUUGAUGCCCACUGAGGAAGGCAAGUGGGAAACCAUAUAAUGAAGACCCUGUAACCCAAAAUACCAGCAUCUUUUUCUACACCGUACACGUCUUUUAGCCAUUAAUCCAAUGUUUCAAUCAUGCAUACUAUAAAUUCACUUCACAAAAUUGGCUGGCUAAGCCAACUGGCCAAUGAAUUCAGUAAAUUCGAAAAUGCAUCUCCUUAUGCUUUACGAAUAUCCUUGCCUUUGUUUCUACGCAGUGCUUCUUGUUGGUACCUUGACAAUCUUGAUUCUGCGCUACCGUAAUAUAAAAUCAACGGCUGAUAUUCCCCCGGGCAGUGAAGGGUUACCGCUGAUUGGAGAGACCAUGCAGUUUAUGGCAGCUAUUAAUGGUGGCAAAGGCUUCUAUGACUUUGUUCGAGUUCGUCGUUUCAGGUAUGGGAAUUGUUUUAAGACGAACAUUUUUGGGGAGACCCAUGUGUUUGUUUCAAGUACUGAAUCAGCAAAGGUUAUCCUAAACAAUGACUUGGGGAAAUUCACAAAGAAAUACAUAAAGCCAAUUGCUGAGCUUGUGGGGGAUCAGAGCCUGCUGUGUGCUUCUCCCCAACAACAUAAAUUGAUUCGUAGUCGUUUUAAUAACUUGUUCUCGUCAAGUUCCAUGUCUUUACUUAUCAAACAGUUUGAUGAACUCAUUAUGGAGACUCUUCAAGACUGGGAACAUACAGGCACAGAAACAGUGGUGGUUCUGAAUGAAGCUCUGAAGAUAACGUUUAGAGCAAUGUGCAAAAUGUUGAUGAAUUUAGAGAGGGGAGAAGAACUAGAGAUGCUGGAGAAGGAUGUGGCAUCCGUUUAUGAAGCGAUGCUUGCAUUCCCUUUGAAGUUACCAUGGACCAAAUUCUACAAAGGCCUUCAGGCAAGAAAAAGAAUCAUGAGGACACUGGAAAAAAUGAUUGCUCUAAGGAGAAGAGGAUUGGGAGCUAAUUAUGAAGAUUUUCUACAGUACCUUUUGACAAAGGAUGAUGAAACCCUAAGACUAACAGAUGCAGAGAUACAAGAUAACAUUUUGACUAUGAUAAUUGCAGGUCAAGAUACAACAGCAAGUGCAAUCACAUGGAUGGUCAAGUACUUAAGUGAAAACCAGAAGGUCCUAAAUGCUCUUAAGGCUGAACAACUUAACCUAGUAGAAAAAACAUCCAAAAGGUCAUUUCUCACUCUUGAAGAUCUUAACCAGAUGCCAUAUGCCUCGAAGGUUGUUAAGGAAUCCUUAAGAAUGGCAGCUAUAGUACCAUGGUUCCCAAGACAAGUACUUCAGGAUUGCGAAAUCGAAGGUUAUAAAAUAAGAAAGGGGUGGAAUGUUGAUGUUGAUGCUAGAUCAAUACAUCUUGAUCCUGUUAACUAUGAUAAUCCCAACGAGUUCAAUCCUUCAAGGUUUGAUGAUGAGUCAAAACCAUACAGUUUCUUAGCUUUUGGCAUGGGAGGGAGGACAUGCCUGGGAGUGAACAUGGCUAAGGCAAUGAUGCUAGUCUUCCUUCACCGGCUUAUCACCACUUACAAAUGGGAAGUGAUUGAUUCUGACUCAAAUGUUGAGAAGUGGGCACUUUUUUCAAGAUUAAAGAGCGGUUGUCCAAUACAGGUGACCCGUAUUGUCAAUCACUAAAUGCCUGCAUGAACAAAAAUUCCACAACCCCUUUUAAAUAUAUAGAAUUCAGAGCACAGUUAAGGAUUUUCAAUGUAUAGAUUACUGGGUGGUUAAGGCUGGGAUUAGGCGGGCUUUACCUAAUUCCUACCCAUCAUUCUAUUGAGUUUGGUCUGAAAUUGUGUCAUGUAUAAAAAAGUAAAGGCCAUGGUCAAAAGUAUACUGGUACUGUUGCUUUAUAAUUACAAUGUAUUUGGUUUGGCUAGAGUGAUAUUGUAUAUAUACAAUUUUAAAUACAUAAUUAAAUAUAUAAAUAAUAUUUUAUAAUA